UAUUUCCGCCACCAGGGGCUCUGUGCAUCAACGCACGCAAAUGUUUCCCUCGUGCCGUGCCCCUCCAGGGUGUUGACCUCAAGGGGAGGGCUUUACUGUUCCACUUACGAUACAGAGACAGCAUGCUGUAUGAACCCUGGAAGCCGAGAGAGUUUUCCCAGGGCACCUUGUUUCUCUGCAAACAAUCUGCCAUGGAUCACCGCAACAGUGGCGGAUGCUAUAAGCGUCGUUCCUCGGUUGCUAGGUGACAUGCCAAUGCCGAUGCUUUCACUGCGGCUCGACCUCGUGUGAUGGUGAAUGACGCUGACAGGCGGUGCUGCAUUUGGUCCAUUCCGCCAACCCCUUGGAGCACCGUGGCGCGAUCAAGUAGCAGAAGCUCACUCACAUACACCGUUUCAAUACCUAUCUUUGGUCUACUGGGGACACUCCCUCGCAAGGAUUCAGUUUCCUGUCUGAAGCUCUGAGGUGGCUGACAUGAGUGAACAUAAGCCUGUCUUUCUCUCCCUAAUCUACCUUCAAAAGAAACAUGAAAGUGCUCAUUGUUUUUGUUUCGGGAUAGUCACCAUGUGAAGGUUUCUGGGGUAAGACCUAUUUUUGGAUUGAGGGUCGUUGCCUCUUUGUGUUGAAGUUUGGCUGAAGUCUGUCGGGGUGUCUCAGUUGCCUUUGUUGCAUCUGUCUUGCAUCUGGUUGACUGCUGUAAUUAUGUGGCUCUGGGCAUUGCUCCCCAUCUGCUUGGCAGUGUUUGGCUCCGUGGGCAUUUGGGUGGUAUUUGGAAUCGCUGUGUCGAAUGACACAGUUAAUUUCACAGUGAGAUUUCCCUACAUCAGUGAAUGUGGCACCUAUGACCCCCAGAGCUGUAUAUUCUCCCAGGUCUGCCACAUCUCCUCUUUCUUGACCCUGUGGAUCGUGGUGAUCCGGUUUCAGCAGGUCAGAGACUACGGUCACAACAGCAGGGUGAACAUCGCCAGUAUCAUCCUGGGCUUCAUCUCCUGCCUGGGCAUCUCCCUCAUCGGAAACUUCCAGCAGUCUGUUUUCUUUGGCAUCCAUGUUUUUGGGGCCUUCCUGGCCUUCUUUGUGGGUCUGGCCUACUUUUGGUUGCAGGUGUGGCUCACCUAUAAAGUCCGGCCCUCUGAAGACUGUUGGUGGGUGGGGCCUCUCCGAGCUGCCCUCUGCCUCAUCUGUAGUGUUCUGGUUGUCACCAGUCUGGUCUUCGAUACUGGCUACAGCUCAGUGGCAUCCAUUUCUGAGUGGGCCUUGGUCAUGUCCUUCUUUGUCCUGUUUGGCCUGUUUGCCUGCGAGUUCCGUCACAUUGACUGUCACCAGCUCACCGUGCAGAAACGAGGGCUCAGCGAGAUCUACAACACCAGCGCAGGGGGCAUCGUCCUGUACAACACAGCCAAUGGAAUGGCAAUGCAAGCGAAUAAUUGAACAUUUAGUUCAGAUGGAUACAUCUCUACAAACGUGUACAUGUUCUGUUUUUAAACGAUAGUGAAAUAAAAUGCAAGUGCAUUUA